AUGUUCGCCCCUAGGAUCCAGCGCCGCAUGUUCUCGGCCACCGCCCGUGACCUCUCCAAGGUCACCGUUCUCGGCGCCGCCGGCGGCAUCGGCCAGCCUCUCUCUCUGCUCCUGAAGCUCAACCCCCGUGUCACUGAGCUCGCCCUCUAUGACAUUCGCGGCGGUCCCGGUGUCGCUGCCGACAUCUCCCACGUCAACACCAAGUCUAAGGUGACCGGCUACGAGGCCACCCCCGCCGGUCUCGCCGCCGCCCUCAAGGGUGCUGACGUUGUCCUCAUCCCCGCCGGUGUUCCCCGCAAGCCCGGCAUGACCCGUGAUGACCUCUUCAACACCAACGCCUCCAUCGUUCGCGACCUCGCCAAGGCCGCCGCCGACUCGGCUCCCGAGGCCAACCUCCUCAUCAUCGCCAACCCCGUCAACUCGACUGUCCCCAUCUGCGCCGAGGUCUACAAGAAGGCUGGCGUCUACAACCCCAAGCGCCUCUUCGGUGUCACCACCCUCGACGUUGUCCGUGCCUCGCGCUUCGUCUCCGAGAUCAAGGGCACCGACCCCAAGGACGAGGACAUCACCGUCGUCGGCGGCCACUCCGGUGUCACCAUUGUCCCCCUCUUCAGCCAGUCCAACCACCCCGACCUGUCCUCCAACGAUGCCCUUAUCAACCGCGUUCAGUUCGGCGGUGACGAGGUCGUCAAGGCCAAGGACGGUGCCGGUUCCGCCACCCUCUCCAUGGCCAUGGCCGGUGCCCGCAUGGCCGAGUCCCUGCUCCGCGCCUCCCAGGGCGAGAAGGGCAUUGUCGAGCCCACCUUUGUCGACUCGCCCCUCUACAAGGACCAGGGCAUUGACUUCUUCUCCUCCAAGGUCGAGCUCGGCCCCAACGGUGUCGAGAAGAUCCACCCCGUCGGCUCCGUCGACGCUGUCGAGGAGCGCCUCCUCGAGGCCUGCUUCGGCGACCUCAAGAAGAACAUCGCCAAGGGUGUCGCCUUUGUCGCUUCUAACCCCCCCAAAUAA